AUGUCCGCGUCGUUGCAGGAUGCAAAUGAGGCGUUGCCCGACCAUCACCUCGACCAAGAGGCCGCCGCACUCGCUGCCGACAUCCUGCCCAUCUUCGCUUCGGUAGCAUCCAUCGACUCGAUCUGGUCCUCGGAACGUGUCGGGUUCACGGCGCAGCGCAGAUCCAUUGUCUAUGGUGGCAGUCUCUUUUUCGACGAACUGCUGACUUUUGCUGGCGUCGACACCUCGCUCUACCCUCCGCGUUCGCAGAAACAACUCUCGGAGCUGCUCACCGCUAUCUUUGCUGCUAUCACGCUCGACUACCUCAAGCAGCUUUCGCUCGUCUACUAUCUGCUCCUCGACCUCGACGCAUACUCGCAGCGAGUCAGCCUCGACCAAGAUGUGGGUCCGUCGUUGACAGAUUCGACCUCGGCUGCCGAGCGCUUCGCCGACACCUAUGUGGUGCUGCCGCAGUUCACCGAUGCUAUGCAAGGGUAUUGGCUGCUCGACAAUGACAGUUACGAGCAGGCCAUCCCGCUGCUCGCUGUUGCCGACUUUGUGCCCAAGAUCGUCCGCACCCUCUUCCUACCUUCGCAGACCGAGCAUAGGCCCGACGUCACACGCGCCAAGCUUCUCCUGCGUUUCAUCCGCACUUCGAAUCAGACCACCUCAUCACCGCCAGGCUCAGAGGCGUUCUUGCAAGAGGUCGAGAUGCAGAUCCAGGCUCUUUGCUUCGUAUCAGGUCCCUCUCGCGCCCUUUCCGAGAUUCGUGCCAUCACCUCCACCAUCCAAGACGACGAGCAGCAGCGCGUUUCCGUGCGUGCCCGACUCAUCUUCAAGGUCCUCGAGCACUGUUUCGCGCCUCCACGCCCGGCCGCCAUCCAGAACUUGCUGGCGUGCAGCCUUGAUCCGGAGGAAGAGGUGACUCUCGAGAGCUUCGUGCUGUCUCCUCCAGCUGCUAUGACCGCGACGUGGAGCUAUGUUGCUGCUGACGUGCUCAUCGCUCGCUACAUCAGCCAGGGCAGGUACAUGGAUGCAGUCGGUCUCGAUCGAAGGCUUGGGCCCGACGUCAGCCAAGGCCACUCGACUGCGAAGGAUGCACAGCAGCGAAGCAAGAUGAUGGAGCAGCGAAAGAGGAUGAUUGCUGGAGCCAGGGAGAUCUUGCCGGAAGUGCAAAAAGAGUUGCUGCGGAUCGAGGAGUCGGCCGAGAUCAGUGGCGGUGCAGAGGUACAGCAAAGACAGGACAAGACCGACACCGGAGCUACGAAUGGCGUCAACGGCAAGGCGACUGCCAUCCACGAUAUCGCAGACCGUUCUGGUUUGGCACCUACACCACUCAGUGCCUCACCCGCCGCGCGACGUUCAAACACACAUACACCGUCAACCCAGGCAGCCAUCUUAUCUGCUGUCGUGCGCGCAUCCGCUUCGCCAUCAGCUCCGAGCACGCCCACCAAGGCGUCCAUCCUGGGCGGUGCCCUUUCGGCCAACGCGACCCCCAAUGCUACGCCAGGACGAAGCGGUUUGACACCACAGCAUCCGGCCGCCAUGAUCGGUUUCCUCGCCAAGAAUGCGCUCAGCGGCCAAGAUCCAGCUGCUGCUGCUGACUCAAGUACCACUGACGAAGCCAUGGACGAAGGAUCUCAGGACGUCGAUGGCUCUGCAGUUCUUAUCUCGAAGCCAGUCGAAGGUGUCAAAGCUUCAAGCGAGACGCCUGCAUCGCCCAGCCAACCAGCGCAGGCGCCGUCGCCAUGGAGGAACCAACCCACGCUCACAUCCAGCAGCCCCUUUUCGGGCCUUCCGAAGCUCUCGCGCCCCGCAAUCGCCGGCGGAAACGCCUCUGUUGCCUCGGGCUCCCGUUCUCCCUACCAAUCCAGUCCGCGCGCCUUUCAGCCCGCCAAUACGUCUCCCUUUGCCGCCGCUUCUGCCAGCUCCGUGCGUGGCUCUCCUUCCCUCAGCAGCACCACUGGGCGCACCAAGCUACCUGGCGCACUCGGAAUCGUCUCGCAGCACGGGAAGAAGAGUCGUCUUGCGCGCGACGAGCCCAGCGUCGUGUCAGACGAGAGCGAUGUCGAAGACGCCGAAGCCCAGACGGAGGAUGGUGGAGAUGAUACGUUUGUUCAGACUCAAAAGCAGGGCAAGAUGGGCAAAGCGAGCGCAGGCGACGUCAGCAUCGGUCGUCUUGUUCCCGGUCGACGUGGGUGGAAGGAAACUCAGGAGGACAAUGCGGCGGACGACGACGAGAUGCAGGAGCUUUUGACCUCUCCGGAGCCACCGACCAAACGACGAGCGCGCAAGGCUGCUGCUGCAGCGACGCCCUCCAAGAGCAAGAUGUCGCGUUCGCGCACCGGCGUGAAUCUCAGCAGCCAAGACGACACCACCACGUCCAAAUUGAAGAAAAGUCGAUCCGAGGUGUCCCUCGUCCCGCCUACGAGCGCCAAACGCAUGACGCGGUCGACGAGCUCUGCGAACCGCAAACCGCUGACGCUGUCGAACUUGGAGCAGCAUUCUCGAACCGAUGUUGCUGGGAAUGAUGCAGCGCCGAUCGCGAGACGCACGCGGGCGGCGACGGCGGAGAUGGAGAGUGUGACGGGGAGUCAGGUUGAGGGAGGUGCGAGUACGAUCUACACGAUUAGCGAGGUGGGUGAUGGGGUAGUGGAGGGGAGGAGUCCGUCGAAGCGAGGGGGGAGAAGGACGGUGAACAAGGAGGAGAGAGGUGGGGUGCGGAGAUCGAGUAGGUUGGGUGGUGAGGUGGAGGAGAGUUCGCCUGCUAAGAGAAGAGGUGGGAGGAGGGGGGCGAAGAUGCCGGGUAGUCUUGAGUGA